CCAAAAUCGAACGUUCGUCUGCGCGGUCGGGCGUCGAUGGCCGAGCACCCGCGGGCCCUCUCACUGGCCCUCGCCGCAGACCGCAAGCCUCCGACGAUGCGUCUGCAGAGAGAGCUACGACGGCCCGCGAUGCGCCUGCCCUUUGACGACGAGCUCCUCGAGACGCGCCAGGCACGGACGCCGACCGCCGACGUUCGACCCAAGUCGCGACUGCGCGUGCCCACAAAGUACCGCGGCCGAGCACUGGAGGCAACGACGACGCACAAGCAGCCACGACCAGCUGCUUCAUCCCGGGGUCUGUCCGAGGACGACGAGGAGCCAUCCAUAUUUGGCUCGUCCCACAGCCCUGCAUGGACCAAGAUGCGCGCAUCAUCGCCGACAGCGUCGCCUUUGACGUCGACUGAUCUCUCGGACGACGGCGACAUGUUUUCCCCGAGUCUCCGGUCGUUGUCUUCGUUGUCACAGGCCGCGUCGGACGACCGGUUCGAGAUGGCGCGCCGCCGCAAGAGCAACAACAACGACGACGAUGACGACGAUUGCACGCAACGUUCGGCUUCUCGUCUUCAGCAACGAGUGCUGCUCACGCCGAGACGGUCCAUGGGCCGUACGACGCCCGCGACGCUGUCCCCUGCGAGCUCGCCAGAGCCAUCACCGCCGCUUCGCACCUCGGUCUUUCGCCGUCCGGUCGCUCCACCAUCGCCGAUCUCGCGGUCAACAGAGAAGCUGCUGCUGGCGCGCGUGCACUAUUUAACCGAAGCGCUUGUGAGUGCCAACCAGUACCACAAGAAGACGCAAGAGCACUUGGCAUGGGCGCUGCAGUCGAUGGCGCCACCCGACCCGCCGACGCAUCGUCGGCAUCCGCCUCAGCAUGACGUAGGUCGUCUGUCGGCGCUAUCAGACUGCGUCUCGGCGCUGCAUGCCGACCAAUGCGAGCUCAAACAGACCUUCCAAGCGCAUGUCGCCGCGUUUACAAACGAUUUUGAUCGGCUGCGCCGACUGGUUACCCAGCAGCACGACAAUGCGCUGGAGCAGAGCUCAAGCGUGCGCUCGCUGCAGUCCCAGUACGCUGCACUGCUUCACGAGCGCAAAAUGCUGCACAAUACCAUCCAAGAGCUCCGCGGCAACAUUCGCGUGUACUGCCGCAUCCGCCCUGUCGCUGGCCGGCUUGGCGUGCGAGUCGAUUCAACCGAAGCGCUCACCGUCAAGACCGACGACGUGGCCGAGACGACCUUUUCCGUCGACCGGAUUUUUGACCAGCGCGCGUCCCAGCGAGACGUCUACUGCGAGAUCGCACCGCUCGUCACGUCGGCGCUCGAUGGCUACAACGUGUGCAUCCUAGCCUAUGGCCAAACGGGGUCGGGCAAGACGCACACGAUGCUCGGCGACGUACGCAGCGCCGAGACAAGCGGCAUCUCAAUCCGCGUGUUUGAGCAGCUGUUUGAGCUCAACAGCAGUGGCGCGACUCAAGUCGAUCUCUCGGUCGUUGAGAUUUACAACGAAAAGCUCGUCGACCUCCUCGUACCUGGACAGCCCAAGCUCGAUAUUCACAUGGACAAGAAAGCGGGUGUCUCGGUGCCCAACCGCCGCUGGAUUUCCAUGACGUCGGUGCGUCAGUGCGUGCAAACCAUGGACCGAGCGCUGCGACACCGCGCCGUGGGCGCCAACGACCUCAACGACGCAAGCAGCCGAUCGCACUGCAUCACGUCGGUGCGGAUACGACGGCAACAUGCGUCGCAGACGACCGAGUCCAAAAUGCAUCUCGUCGACCUCGCGGGUUCGGAGCGCCUCGGGACGUCCAACUCGCAUGGCGAUCGGCGCACGGAGGCGCAGCACAUCAACAAGUCGCUGAGUGCGCUUCGGCACGUGCUCUUGCAGCUCAAGAACCAAGACGCGUACGUCUCGUACCGCAACAGCAAGCUCACCAUGCUGCUGCAAGACGCGAUCGGUGGGCACGCCAAGACGCUCCUGCUUCUCUGCGUCAACCCGCUCGCGACCAACGCGCUCGAAACGAAGUGCUCGCUCGUCUUUGGAGAGCGUGCGAACGCCGUCGAGCUUGGCAAGGCCAAGCAACACGUGACGCGCAAGCCGACUUAAUCAUUCUUCGUUCGC